AUGGGCAACUUCUCAAUCAUCACAGAAUUCCUCCUCAUGGAGUUUUCCAGCUUGCGAGAGCUUCAGGUUUUACAUGCUUUGCUGUUCCUGUUGAUUUACCUGGCUGCCUUGAUGGGCAAUCUUCUCACCAUUGCUGCAAUCAUUACUGACCCACACCUUCACUGUCCUAUGUAUUUUUUCCUGAGGAACUUAUCCCUACUGGAUAUCUGUACCAUCUCAGUCACUCUUCCUAAAUUUAUUGUGAAUUCCUUGUCUGGCACUCAGUCUCUGUCCCUCCUUGGCUGUGCUGCUCAGAUUUUCUUCUGUCUUCUUUUUUCAGCAACAGAGUUUGCUUUGCUUGUGGCAAUGUCCUAUGACCGCUUUGUGGCCAUCUGCCACAACCUUCACUAUGGCAUCAUCAUGACACCAGCACGUUGUGUCUGGGCAGCAGUUGGUUCAUGGCUCAGCAGGCUUAUUUAUUCAUCUCUACACACAGGGAACAUGUUUCGUUUGCCCUUCUCAGGAUCCAAUGUGAUCCAUCAAUUUUUCUGUGAUGUCCCUCAUGUCUUGAAAGUUUCAGCCUCUGAUGUGUUUAAUACUGAGUUCAUAUUAAUUGUAGCAAGUUCAUGUUCUUUGUUAUUCUGCUUUGCAUUUUUGAUUGCAUCAUAUGCUCGCAUCUUCUCCAGCGUUCUCAAGAUUUCUUCUGUGGAGGGAUGCUACAAGGCCAUUUCGACCUGCUCCCCUCAGUUGAUAAUCCUUAUUUUAUUUCUCAUUUCUGUAAUGACUGCAGUCCUCAAGGACACAUCAGACACAUCACCCAUCCAAAACCUUUUAAUUGCAAUGAUCUAUACAAUAAUCCCACCCUUUAUGAAUCCCAUAAUCUAUAGCCUGAGGAACCAGAAGGUCACAAUUGCCAUGGGCAAGAUGAUCAGGAGGAUUUUUUUCCCCAAGAAAGAAAUGUCUAUUCUUGAUACCAUAGAAUAG